AUGGGUUUUCGCAACUUUUGGGAUUUCAAUAUUGCUCUUCUUGGUAAACAAGGUUGGAGAUUGAUUACCCGACCAAACUCUUUGUCUUCUCGAGUAUUCAAAGCUCGGUAUUAUCCUCAAGGUACUUUUUUCAAUGCUCAACUAGGAUCCAAUCCGAGUUUCAUUUGGCGAAGUAUCUUGGAAGCACAAGAUUUAGUGCAUAAUGGUACGCGGUGGUUAGUGGGAAAUGGCUGCAACAUCCCGGUCCUUGGAGAGCCAUGGCUCCCUGAUGACACAAACCCCUUUAUCACUACAAAUCACCCCAGCCUUACCAACACUAGAGUUUGUAACCUGAUGACCGUGGGAGAGGCAAAGUGGGAAACUGAGCUUUUGCUUGAUAUCUUUGAGGAACGGGAUUGGAGUUUGAUAACAAAAAUCCCUCUCAAUUUAGUCACAACUGAGGACCAUUAUUUUUGGUCAAAAGAUGGCUCCGGCAUCUAUACUGUCAAGAGUGCUUAUACUCUCUUGCAAGGCUUGAAGGGUCAAUGGUAUGGGGAAGAGGAUGCAAGCUUCUGGCAUCAACUGUGGAGCAUGAAAAUUCCUUCGAAAAUUCAGAACCUGCGACGCGGCCGCAAAGUUGCUACGGUUUGUUGGGCUAUUUGGGGUGCUAGAAAUGAGUUAGUUUGGAAAAGGAAAAGUUUCAACCCGAGUGAUAUUGUUGCAUUUGCAAAUCGUUAUCUUGACCAAUGGAGAUGCGCUCAAAGUUCCGAUAUGGAAUCGUCAUGGCCUUUACUUCGGGCUAGAGACGUUGUUGAGCGAUGGACCGCUCCUCAUGGUAAUAGCGUCAAGCUGAAUGUAGAUGCAGCGAUGUUCAACAGUGGAGAGCAAUAUGGUAUCGGGUUGGUUGUUCGGAAUGGCUCAGGACUUCUCAUUGAAGGUCGCACCAGAUUGUUCUAUGGCCAAGUUGAACCGGUGCUUGCUGAAGCAAUUGGCAUCCGUGAGGCCCUAAGCUGGAUCAAGGACAGUCGGUGGCAAGAUGUGUAUGUCGAAACGGACUGCCUCAAUGUAGUGCAAGCAAUUCAUUGUUCGACAGAGAUGAUCUCUUUGUUUGGGUUGGUUAUUAAAGAUUGUAAGAAUUUGCUUGCUAAUUUAAACAAUGUAUCUGUUUCCUUUAUUAAGCGAUCAGCUAAUGUAGUGGCCCAUUCCUUUGCAAGGGCGGCUAUAUUGUACCCUGAUUGUUCUUUCAGUUUGGAGUCUGUUCCAACUGAGUUGCUACUAAGUUUGGUAGCGGAAGUCGUUAUUUAA